GUCAUAUGUGCGCCCUUGUUCUCUGUGAGAGGCCUAGCGGUCUCUCACUUACUGAGUUUAUAAAUGAAAGGAGAUAACUCUCGAAUCAGUGUUAUUAUGUUUAACAGAGUUAUAAGCUAAUAAAUCACUUCUCUGUGGUUCCUAGCUCAACUAAACUGACUAUAGGUACACUCAAUGUACCUGCUGUAUUCUAGGUUCCUUGGGUACACUACCUACUUAUAUCUUAUGAUCAACCCCUCUCUUUACUCAAGUAUAUACUCAGUUCAGGACUUGUAUUGGCAUCAUCCUCAGCAAAAACAACCUAGAUUCUCUCUAAUGACUGAACAUCAAUUUAUGACACUUUCAAAGUUGAUGUGUCACUCUUAGUAGUCUAUGUUCUCAUCUCCACUAUCACUGAGCUUCCUGCGCGUGCACGGGUUAUCAACACAUUAUUCAUACCAUUUUAAUAUUGUUCCUGUUAUCAUUGAAGUCACCCAACAUAGGGUCAUUUCAUACAGUUGAUGGGAAAAUUACAAAUUUCUUUUUAAAGUUUGAAAAACCUUCUAAUAGUUUGGGCGUCAUGGGUAGAAGGUUAUUCUUGUUGCUUGUUCUAGAAAUUUGUCUCUUCAUUGAUAUUAAUUGCGUUGCUGAUUCAAGAACGCAUCAUGGAGAAGUGAGUACCGGUACUGGAGAGUUCCUUGAAAGAUCUGUUAAUAACAAUGAAUGCUCUGAACUACAAGUUUCGCCCAUCCCAGAGCUACACAGAUUUGGCCAAACAUUCACCAACCUAGCAUCUGGAUUGGACCAGAUACCACAAAAUCUCACAGGUGAUGUCAUCUUGUUUGUUGGUAACACUGGUGCUGGGAAAAGUUCCCUGGUACACAUCCUGGGAGGAGAAGGCACAAAAUUUGAGGCUAAAGACAUUGGUAAUGAUACAGGUGAUUACUACAUAGAGGACACUUCUGGCAGAUUUGUGAGAAAUACAACAAUUGAUUCGACCACCACUUAUCCUGAGGCAGUUGUGGAUGCCACAUCUGGAGUAAUUUUGUUCGAUACACCUGGAUUUCAAGACACAAGAAGUGCCAUUCAUGAAAUAGUUGCUACAUUUGGGCUGCGGAGUGUUGCUGAGAAGUCCAAACGCAUUAAAAUUGCUCUACUAGUCAACCAUAACUCACUUACACGAUCAGGACCCAGAGAUGACUUCACAAAAAUGCUGGGUAGUUACUUCAGUUUAUUCAACAACACCCAAAAAUUUCAAGAUAACACAUACCUGAUUGCCACAAAAACCCCAAAUCAGUACAUUGUUAAGCGUGGUAAACUUGUUGUCGUUUCAGCUGAGUCACUCAUAGACAGCAUUGUUCAGUUUAUGAAUGGAGUCUCCAAUACACUGGAAAACCACAAGGGUGGAAAUUAUAGCAAUGAAAAAUUCAUCAGGAAUGCCCAAGCACUUAUUCCUCGUUUGCAGGGGAAAAUUGCUCUCUUCAUGAAGCCAGAUGACAGUGGACCCAUCUUGGAAUCACAUUCCAUACGACAAUCCAUAGAAUCAAUUCGUCAGUUGCUUCUUGGCAAAGAGGGUUAUGUUGAGGUAGAAGUUGGUGAUUUUGGAUUUGCUGUGUCAGACACAGCCAAGAUGUACAUCAAAGAUUUAUAUGCUCAUAUGAACAACCACAUGGUAGAAGUGAGCAAAUCCUUUGUAGCAUCUUUUCGGAAAUUCUUAACAAUUAACUACAAAGUUUUUGAAGAUAUUGAAAAAAUCAGUAAACAUCUACAGAGCACUGAGCAACAGAUAAAUAUGCUGAUACAAGAAUCAAAAAUGAUAGCAACUCCAGGUGAUUAUGUUGAUAUUUUAAUGAAUCUAGCUGAUGAAAUCAAUAUGAAAUUUUGCAGCAACCAUGUAUUCAGUGAAAUUAAACAGCUAGAUGGAUACCUUGAUAGCCUAAAGAAAAUAACUGACCACGAUCACUAUACUUCAAGCAAAUGGUCUGACCCACUCUACUCUCUUGAACAUUCAGUGCAGAAUGAGAAGAUGUUCUACAAUUUUCUCAAAAACUUGUAUGGAAAAAUCACAGACUACUCAGUGAUGUUCAAGGAUACAACUAUUACUGAAAUGAAAAAUUCUGCCUUAUCAAGUGAUGUUGGCACAAUAGAGAAAUUCAUCAAGCACUUGGAACUGGAUCAGUUUUCUGGUGCAAUAUCACCUGACAGAAUAGAGGAAAUCAAUUCACUUCUGAAAAAUGUUGUUGGGAAUGAGAGCACAACUUGCUACCAAUCGUACACUAUGGUGGUGGGUAGUGUGUUGAGAACAAGUGAAAUAGAUAGCAAGAAGAUAUCAAAAUGUCAGCUUACAAAUACUGUUGUGGUAGUUGCAUUGAGGAAAUUAUAUAUUGAUGCAGAUAUCCUCUUGAAAGGGAUGAAUAUGGUGGUAAUUGCACCAGAAUGGCAUGUUAUGGGUCAGUUCACACUGAGUGUGGAUGGUGAGAAUGCGCCAGAUCCAAAUUGGAGCCAUGCUUUGCCAGAAUCACAUGGAAAUGAUGGCACACCUGGCACAUCUGCUGGUCAUUUUGUUGGCAUUGCACUGCGAUAUUUCAACAGCAACAAGUUGACAAUCAGUGCUACAGGUGGGAAUGGUGCUAGGGGACAAGAUGGUGGUGAUGGCAUAGAUGGUAGAGAUGGAAAAGACGGUGUUCAUGCCAAACAGCAAAUUGAUGGUGGUCUAGGGUACUAUGUAGUAUAUGGCUGGGGGAAAGAUAAAUAUUUACGUAAAGGUGAUUAUGGCCUUGCUGGUAGUGAUGCAGGCCAAGGUGGUAGAGGGGGACAAGGUGGCUCUUCAGGUACAAUAAAAAUGUACAGUUUCAGCAGUUCCUCACCAGAUCACAGCACACAUCAUUUGCUAGAUGGUGCUAAAGGGAGUGAUGGGGAAAAUGGACGUCCUGGAAAGGGUGGUUAUCGGGGUUGUGACAUUAUUGAAGAGGAAUAUGCAGCAGUCUACUUUAUCUUACCAAAAAUAGAAAAAAAGACUUAUUUUCAAAAUUGUGAUGAAAGGCGCAAUGCUGAUGGUAAAAUCAGGCUUAGAAGUUCAAAAACUCAACAGAAAUCUGUAACAGUUGCACCUCCUCCCAGCAUUUGUUCACUAUACCAAGAAGUGAAACUUCUCUAUCAAGAUAAUCAUGACAUUGUUUCAUAUUCAACUAAUAUUGAGUUCCAGGAAGAAUUCCAAAAGCAAUUUGAAUGCUGAAAUAAUUGAUCAUUAAACAAAUUGGUUGGUUAGCACUUGAAAA